UUCAAUUACGUUGUAAAAAAACAAGAAAAACAAAAAAUAUGUUUUGGUUCUGCGAAAUCAAGAGAUUUAAGUUCAAAAAGUGGAUUUAAUUCAUUUAUGCGGUAUUAUACUCCGGAAAAUUUUGAUAAUAUCGCUCCUGGGAGUUACAACGUUUUAGAAUCAUUUAAAUCUACAACUAAAUCAUGCCAAAAAUCAUUCAGUAAAAAAGGAUACGGAGGAUUAGCUAAUUCUGGGUACCGUACAAUACAUCAAGAAGAUUUUCCAGCGCCAAAUGAGUACAAUACCGCACCACUGCCUGUGAAAAAAAAAUUUAAAUACCCGUUUAAUUGCAGUGCAAAACGAAAAGAUGCUUACAUUAAUAAUAAUCCUGGUCCAGGCACAUAUCAACUCAACUCGCCGCGGAAGCGCAUCCUCUUUGAUCACGACUUUGGACAUUGUGUAACAAUGCGACUGGGUGUUGAAGUAAAAUGUACAAAAAGAAACAAUGACGUCUGUGAAAUUUGUAAUGAAAAACCCGUCGGAGAUUAUUGGCAUUUUAAUAACAGAGUGUUUAUUUGCCGAGCGUGUAUGAGUGAAGAGCGGCGACGACCUCGCAAGCAUAAAAAAGUCGAAUUGAAUAAUUUUAAAAAAAUACGUGACUGCUCUUGGAUUCAUUCGCACGAAGGAACAGACGCCAAAAUUUGGCUAAUGCACCCGAGCGUAAUAAAAAAAUGGACUCAGCGAGAAGCUUACAUGUGUUCGUAUGUCAAAGAUUAA